AUGUCCCCAAUAUCUCUGUCCCCCGACGUCCCCAAUAUCUCUGUCCCCGACCUCCCCAAUAUCUCUGUCUGUCCCAAACCUGUCCCCGUACGUCCCCAAUAUCUCUGUCCCCGACCUACGUCCCCAAUAUCUCUGUCCCCUACCUCCCCGACGUCCCCAAUAUCUCUGUCCCCGACCUACGUCCCCAAUAUCUCUGUCCCUGACGUCCCCAAUAUCUCUGUCCCCUAUCUCGUCCCCCAAUAUCUACGCCCCCAUCCCCGACCUACGUCCCCUCCGUCCCCAACGUCCCCUCCGUCCCCGACGUCCCCUAUCUCUGUCCCCCGACCUCGUCCCCAUCCCCCCGAUAUCUCCGUCCCCCCGAGCUACGUCCCCCGACCCGUCCCCAAUAUCUCUCCCCGAGUCAGUCCCCGACCUCCGUCCCCAUAUAUCUCAGUCCCCGACCUAUCUCUGUCCCCGUACGCCCCCAAUAUCUCCGUCCCCGACCUCGUCCCCUCCGUCCCCGACCUCCGUCCCCAAUAUCUCUGUCCCCCCGUCCCCAAUAUCUCUGUCCCCGACCUACGUCUGUCCCCGACGUCCCCUCCGUCCCCAAUAUCUCUGUCCCCGACCUACGUCCCCCCGACGUCCCCAAUAUCUCUGUCCCCAAUAUCUCUGUCCCCCCGACCUACGUCCCCAAUAUCUCUGUCCCCGACCUCCGUCCCCAAUAUCUCCGUCCCCGACCUACUCCCCGACCUACGUCCCCGACCUACGUCCCCAAUAUCUCCGUCCCCGACCUACGUCCCCAAUAUCUCUGACCUCCCCGACCUCCGUCCCCGACCUACUCUGUCCCCGACCUCCGUCCCCAAUAUCUCUGUCCCCGACCUACGUCCCCGACCUCCGUCCCCAAUAUCUCUGUCCCCGACCUCCGUCCCCGACCUCCGUCCCCGACCUCCGUCCCCGAUAUCUCCAUCUCUUCUUCAUGCGAAUCACAGGAAAUUGUUUGGCUUGCAAACUGUUACGGACAACACGGACAACACAGACAUCACAGACAUCAUGGACAUCACAGACAUCACAGACAACACGGACACAGACAACACGGACAUCACAGACAUCACAGACAACACGGACAACACAGACAUCACACACGGACAUCACAGACAUCACAGACAACACGGACAGACUCACGGACAACACGGACAGACAUCACAGACAAUCACAGACAUCACAGACAACACGGACAACACAGACAUCACGGACAACACGGACAUCACGGACAACACAGACAUCACGGACAAUACAGACAUCACGGACCUCACGGACAACACAGACAUCACGGACAAUACAGACAUCACGGACACGGACAACACAGACAUCACGGACAACACGGACAUCACGGACAAUACAGACAUCACGGACAUCACGGACAACACAGACAUCACGGACAAUACAGACAUCACGGACAACACGGACAACACGGACCUCACGGACAACACAGACAUCACGGACAAUACAGACAUCACGGACAACACGGACAACACGGACCUCACGGACAACACAGACAUCACGGACAAUAACCUCACGGACAACACAGACAUCACGGACAAUACAGACAUCACGGACAACACGGACAACACAGACAUCACGGACAACACGGACAUCACGGACAAUACAGACAUCACGGACAUCACAGACAAUACAGACAACACGGACAUCACAGACAUCACGGACAACACAGACAUCACGGACAACACAGACAUCACGGACAAUACAGACAUCACGGACAAUACAGACAUCACGGACAUCACGGACAACACGGACAACACAGACAUCACGGACAACACAGACAUCACGGACAAUACAGACAUCACGGACAUCACAGACAUCACGGACAUCACAGACAAUACAGACAACACGGACAAUACAGACAACACCGACAUCACAGACAACAAAGGGAAACCCAGCCGUGACCUGCACAAACUCUGUGUCACUCUGAGAACUCUGUACACUCUGAGAACUCUGUACACUCUGAGAACUCUGUGCACUCUGAGAACUCUGUGUCACUCUGAGAACUCUGUGCACUCUGAGAACUCUGUGCACUCUGAGAACUCUAUGCACUCUGAGAACUCUGUGCACUCUGAGAACUAUGUGCACUCUGAGAACUAUGUAACUCUGUGCACUCUGAGAACUCUGUGUCACUCUGAGAACUAUGUACACUCUGAGAACUCUGUGCACUCUGAGAACUCUGUACACUCUGAGAACUAUGUACACUCUGAGAACUCUGUACACUCUGAGAACUCUGUGCACUCUGAGAACUCUGUACACUCUGAGAACUAUGUACACUCUGAGAACUCUAACUAUGUACACUCUGAGAACUCUGUGCACUCUGAGAACUCUGUACACUCUGAGAACUAUGUACACUCUGAGAACUCUGUACACUCUGAGAACUCUGUGCACUCUGAGAACUCUGUACACUCUGAGAACUCUGUACACUCUGAGAACUCUGUGCACUCUGAGAACUCUGUACACUCUGAGAACUCUGUGUUACUCUGA